AUGCACCUUAUCAAGUGUCCACCUUAUCAAGUGUCCACCUUAUCAAGUGUCCACCACCUUAUCAAGUGUCCACCACCUUAUCAAGUGUCCACCUUAUCAAGUGUUCACCACCUUAUCAAGUGUCCACCACCUUAUCAAGUGUCCACCACCUUACAAAGUGUCAACCUUAUCAAGUGUCCACCACCUUACCAAGUGUCCACCUUAUCAAGUGUCCACCACCUUAUCAAGUGUCCACCACCUAAUCAAGUGUCCACCCUAUCAAGUGUCCACCCUAUCAAGUGUCCACCCUAUCAAGUGUCCACCUUAUCAAGUGUCCACCUUAUCAAGUGUCCACCACCUUACCAAGUGUCCACCUUAUCAAGUGUCCACCACCUUAUCAAGUGUCCACCACCUAAUCAAGUGUCCACCCUAUCAAGUGUCCACCCUAUCAAGUGUCCACCCUAUCAAGUGUCCACCCUAUCAAGUGUCCACCUUAUCAAGUGUCCACCUUAUCAAGUGUCCACCACCUUAUCAAAUGUCCACUAA